AGCAUGACCUUAGAUCUCUAUUUCAUUCGUUCAUUCAACUAUACACAAAUAUCAACAAAAACCAUUUCCAAAACAUCAUAUCAAAAAAUAUGAAGUCGCCAUUAUCAUCUUCUUCCUCAAUUCGAAAGACUAGACUCUCUCCUUACCUCUUUACCCUCUUGGCCUUCAUCUUCGUCGUCGCCGUCUUAUACGGAGAGGACUUCCGUUGCAUAGUCAGCCAACUCGAGCUCAACUCGGAACGGCCACACGUUAAACGAACCGUUUUUGUAGAGAAGUUGCCGUUUGCCAUAUGGAGAGGGGGAGAGGUGGAAGGGUGUGACGUGUUCAGUGGGAGGUGGGUCAGGGACGAGUCGAAUCGGCCACUUUAUGAGGAAUCGGAGUGUCCGUAUAUACAACCUCAGCUGACUUGUCAAAAGCAUGGAAGGCCUGAGAAGGAAUAUCAGUACUGGAGAUGGCAACCCCACGGUUGUUCUCUCCCCAGUUUCAAUGCGACACUGAUGCUAGAAAGCUUGCGAGGGAAAAGGAUGAUGUUUGUUGGAGACUCGUUGAACAGGGGUCAGUAUGUAUCAAUGAUAUGUCUUCUCCAUAGACUCAUACCAGAAGAAGCCAAAUCCAUGGAGACUUUCGAUUCACUAACUGUCUUCACUGCCAAGGAGUACAAUGCCACAAUUGAGUUCUACUGGGCACCAUUUCUUCUGGAAUCAAACUCAGACGAUGCUGUGAUUCACAGAGUCUCGGAUAGGAUCGUACGGAGAGGAUCCAUAAACAAGCAUGGGAAGCACUGGAAAGGAGUUGAUAUUAUGGUUUUCAACACUUAUCUUUGGUGGAUGACUGGCCUCAAGAUGAAGAUCUUGCAAGGGUCCUUUGAUGAUGAAGCGAGAGAGAUUGUGGAGUUGUCCACAGAAGAUGCUUAUAGAAUGGCAAUGAAGAGUAUGUUGAGAUGGGUUAGGAAAAAUAUGGAUCCAAAGAAGACUAGAGUCUUCUUCACUAGCAUGUCUCCUACUCAUGCAAAGAGCAUAGACUGGGGAGGCGAACAGGGCAGAAACUGUUACAACGAAACGACAUUGAUUGAAGAUCCUAAUUACUGGGGAUCCGAUGCUCGGAAGAGCGUAAUGCAAGUGAUCGGAGAGGUGUUUAGGAAAUCAAAAUUCCCAAUUACGUUCCUGAACAUCACCCAACUUUCGAAUUAUCGAAAAGACGCGCACACGGCAAUCUACAAGAAGCAAUGGAGUCCAUUGACACCAGAGCAGCUAGCAAACCCAGUUAGCUAUGCUGAUUGUGUGCAUUGGUGCUUGCCAGGACUUCAAGAUACCUGGAAUGAGCUUCUUUUUGCCAAGCUCUUUUAUCCUUGACAAUUAAUUGUUAACACUUCAAUGCAGUUGGAGAUCGAGUGUGUAAAUGUGUUUUUCUUUUCUUUUAUACAAGGUCUCAUUCAUAGAGAGAAAUCUAAAGUCUUUUUUUCUCUUGUUUAAUAUUGUUGAUUAAUAAUGCAUUACCCACAUUGUUUUGUGCUUGAUGGCACUA